AUGGCUGGCGUCCAGAUCUCUGAAGGCAUGUCGCCACCAUCAAUGAUGUCUCUCCAAUGUAUUGAAGAAAUUGAUGAAGAUUUCGAUUCUGGUCAUCCUCCGCUGAUCCGUAAUGCGCUGACAUCUGGUGGAGAGCUGUCGAGUAUCAUUUUUUCUCAAAGAAGCGGAGAGAUUGAAGACCAGCAUCCUGAAAGUUUUUUUGGGACAGCAUCCGGCUUGAAUGUUCUUGAGCCAAUCGAGGAUAAUGAAAGUAUCCACCUCACCACAGGCACUCUAGCACGUACCUUUUCUCCCCAUUCCAAUGCUAACUUUUCCACACUCUCCGUCUUUUCCACCUUUUCGAAUGGAUCGGUUCUAUCGAUUCGGAGCUCUGGGGGAUCAUAUUCCCUUAAGGAUCUUUGUGAUAAUGUUAUCGAUAAACAUCUAUGGCUUCAAAUGACGAGAAUCAUCAGCACUUCCUGCUUCUCUCAGUACAUAAACUUUGUCAGACAUCGCUUCCUUGUCCUCCAGUUGCGCCGCCCGGGGAAAAGGGAUAUGUGGCUACGUAUCGAUCGAAGAGCUGGAAUAAGUCUUCUCUCACUCGUGCAAAAACUCGGUAAAACUCGCGCCCAUGAUGUGGCUCAGCUUUCGGCGUCUGAAGAAGCUCUCAUAGGAAAGGCGAGCCGAGAGAACAUUCAAAAUUUCAAAAAACAACCCUUUCUCGGUGAUUUUGGCGUCUAUCUUCGCAUUGUCAGUGAAGAACUGCUGGAGUAUAAAGUCUGGCCGGAAAACUGCUGGAUGUUUUGUUCACUUUUGCAAGAGCAUCUCGGAACCUCAGGAGAUGGGCAUUACACGUUCGGGGGGUCGAUUGCCCGCAACAUAGCACCUCUUAUUCGAGGGAGAAUAUCUGAACGAGUGGCGACCAAUGUGACACCCAACACGAUCAUGACGGCUUUACAAAGCCAAGGUUCCAUCUCUAAUCCUCCGUGGCAACCAUUGGACUUUGUGAAGCCAAGAGGAUGGCUUCCUCAUUCGAUUGGGACAUUUCUUGCUAAGAUCGCUUACCCAGCGCAGGGCCUGGAUGCACGUCAACAUUCGCAUGACAUUCUAGAGUGGAUUACGGACUCUUCAUUCGCCACUCACCUAGAAAAGAACGAUCUUCACUCUCGUAUUACCGAGUACUGUAUCGAAAUCCUUGACGGUUUACCGGAGGGAAAUGUUCUUCAACUCCCCAACCCUUUAAUACUCAACUCUAACAUUCCAAACCUCGCUCUCAGGAUCGAAUCAAAAAUCUCCCCUGAUGUUCAAUAUGCUGCGCUAUAUGGCCUUCUCCAUAUAGCGGAAGUUGAAAACCCUUCAACAGAGUUAAUCAACAAACUGGAAACCUUCAUUGCUAGAUCAGCAAUAAAAUGGCUAGAACUCUUGAGCCUGCUUGGGGCAACGAAGAAUGCUCUUAUUGAAUUAGAUAAAGUCACUACGUGGUGUGAGAACCAAUCACAACACCGGAAUCUGGGGAAGAUUCUACUCCAACUCUUAUUGCAACAUCGUCGUUUUGCAUACCAAUACCAUAGAGUCAUUUCAGCUUCUGCUGGACAUAUCGCCCAUUCGGCUCCGUCUGAUCCCCCUGACCCGCCUCCGCAAAGACAAGGUCGUGAAUCAUCUUCUGAACACCUCCCAACGGUGCAAGGGCACGAUUCUGGAUGGGAAGGUUGCCUCAACACGAUCCCUUCCGCAUCCCUUGACGAGACGGUACGAAUUUGGGAUGCGGUGACGGGGGAAGAGCUCAAAGUCCUCCGACACACCAAGUGGGUCGACUCCGUAUCAUUCUCCCCUGAUGGAUCGAGGCUAGCCUCAGCAUCUGGUGAUAAGACAGUACGAAUCUGGAAUGCCGUGACUGGGGAAGAGCUUAAAAUUCUCCGAGGGCACACCAAGUGGGUCAACUCCGUCUCAUUUUCAUCUGAUGGAUCGCGGAUAGCCUCCGCAUCCAGCGACAAGACAGUACGGAUCUGGGAUACAGUGACCGGCGAAGGACUCAAGAUCCUCCGGGGCCACACCGACUGGGCUAACUCGGCCUCGUUCUCACCCGAUGGAUCCAGGGUAGUUUCAGCAUCUCGUGACAACACGGUUAGGAUCUGGAACGCAGGGACUGGGGGAGGGCUCAACGUUCUCCACGGGCACACUGGCUAUGUUAACUCGGUCUCAUUUGCACCUGAUGGAUUGAGGUUAGCCUCAGCAUCCCGUGACAACACGGUACGAAUCUGGGAUGCUAUGACGGGAGAAGAACUCAAGGUCCUCCAUGGGCACGCCGAUUGGGUCUACUCGGUUUCAUUCUCAUCCGAUGGAUCCAGGAUAGCCAGUGCAGCCAUGGACAAGGCAGUGCGAAUUUGGAAUGUGGUGACUGGGGAAGAACUCAAGGUUCUCCGAGGAGACAGUGACUGGGUCAAUUCCGUCUCAUUCUCGCCUGAUGGGUCCAGGAUAGCCUCAGCAUCUCAUGAUAACACAGUGAGAAUCCUCGAUGCAAUCAUUAGGGAGGAUCUUAAGGUCCCCCAAGGACACACCGAUUGGGUCAAAUGGGUCUCAUUCUCACCCGAUGGAUCCAGGGUAGCCUCGGCAUCCCGUGACAAGACGGCACGAAUCUGGGAUGCAGCGACCGGGGAAGAACUUAAGGUUCUUCGAGGACACACUCGUGGAGUUAACUGCAUUUCAUUCUCAUCUGAAGGGUCGAGAGUAGCCUCGGCUUCCGGCGACGACACAGUGCGAAUCUGGGAUGUGGUGACCGGGGAAGAACUCAAAGUCCUCCGAGGGCACACUGCUGCGGUCAAUUCUGUCUCGUUUUCAUUUGAUGGACGUAGAGCAGCUUCAGCAUCCGAUGACAAGACAGUACGAUUGUGGAAUGUGAUGACCGGAGAAGAAACCAGGGUCCUCCGAGGGCACACCCACUGGAUCAACUCGGUGUCGUGUUCAUCUGACGGAUCGAGGAUAGCAUCAGCAUCCAGUGACAGGACUGUACGAAUAUGGGAUGCGGUAACUUGGGCAGAACUGAAGGUGCUCGAAGGGCACACUAGCGAGGUCAAAACCGUCUCAUUCUCAUUUGAUGGAUCCAGGUUAGCCUCGGCAUCAGAUGACAACACGGUACGAAUCUGGGAUGUGGUGACUGGAGAAGUGAUUUCUGUCCGCAAACACUCCAGUUCAUUCGACAUACACAUGGAUUCAUUUUCCGAUCCAACCGCCAUUCGCUACGAAUGUUCAUUUGCCGAAGUCAAACACGAUGAACUUAACGGCAUCUACGUCUUUAUCGGAGCAUGCGGAGCCCCUCAUUAUAUUGCCCCUUCUUAUAUAGGCGACAUCAUAUCCACUUGGAAGGUUUCGCGUGAUCGGCAAACCAUCGCUAUUGGCAUGCAUAGCGGGGGGCUCCUCAUCGUCCAUGCACCAAAGACAUACCAUUGUGUGCGACCUCCAACAUUACCAUUUGGGACUUUGCUUGGCUAA